ACUACCGGACUUCGUCUUGCCCAUUCGCACUUCAGGCAGAGAGACCUUUACCCCGUUGUGAACGAAAACUGAGACAUCAAGCUCGUGAAUGAAGCAGCUGCGCCGGUUCCUGUGCUACUAGAGGGAGCAUCUGUUGUCGUGGUUUACUGAAUUGCUGAUUAUUUUCUUUACAAGAGUUUGAGUUCAGGGAAAUAGUUGGUCCAACAUGCUUCAGAUUCGGCUUAGUAAGGUUCCAGCCUCUGAAGGUUUAGCAGGGGUGAAGUCCUCACCUGUUGAGACUGUUACUGUUACAUGUCCCGAUCAUCUAGUCCUUGCUGAUCUUCCUGUGGCAAAGGGCAUCGGUUCAGCAGCUGCUACUUCACUGGUGAAGACUCUUGGCCGUAGAUCUCGUCGUCAAUGUGGCGACUGUGUCCAUUUCUGUGUUCGUUGUGAUUUCCCAAUUGCAAUCUAUGGACGGCUGAGCCCUUGUGAGCAUGCCUUCUGUCUUGAUUGUGCUAGAAGUGAUUCAAUGUGCUAUCUGUGUGAUGAACGAAUCCAGAAAAUUCAGACAAUCAAAAUGUUGGAAGGAAUAUUCAUCUGUGCAGCUCCUCACUGUUUCAAGUCUUUCUUGAAGAAGUCAGAAUUUGAAAUGCAUAUCCAAGAUGUACAUGCUGACCUUCUCCACCCCAAUGUAGAUAAAGAAGAUGGAAAUGAGUCAGAGACUCAUGGUGUUCGGCAACCUGCAAUGUCAGAAUCUUCUGCUCGAGCUCCCCAAAGGCCUGUUUUCUCUCCAGGUUCAAAUUCCCAGCUAAAUGAUCGAGAAGACAAAGCUCGUCAACAACCACCAAGAGACCAACCACCUUCUAGGCCGACUUUGCAGCCAAAGCCACCCUCUUUUGGUCAAGUUCAAAGUCACUCCGCAGAUCUCCAGUCUGGCUCUAAUGGAGGUAUUCCUCAGAGCUUCUAUCAACAAAGUUCUGACAUGCAGCGACCUCUACAAGAACCUUCCCAGUUUGCAGACCGGCACCGAGGUGUCACACCAGAGACACCACUUCCUGAUUAUCCAUCCAUGCAUCCUUCCCAGCCACCCAAUUUCGCUGUGCCAGUUAAUGCUAACGCAAUGUUGAAUCCGCCUGUGCCAUUUGGUUAUCAUCCCUUCCCACCACAUGAUGGAGCUCCGCCAUUUUAUGUAAACCCCUAUGAUAUGCGUAGGCAGGACUCAGCUUCUGAAGUAGGUGGAGACCAGAGUUCCUUACUUGGUUUUCCACCGGGUUCUGCAACCGGCUCUAAUUUUCCAGCAAAUUAUCCCCAGCCCUUGAGUGCAGGAACUGGUGGCCUACCUUUUGAACAAGGACAUGGUGGCAUGGCUAUGGAUCCAAGGGACGCUAAAGGUAUAUUGGCACCACAGUCCAUGCCCCUCCCACCUCCACCUCCACUGCCGCCCAUGUCCCAUCUGAACCAGAAAUAUUAUUCCGGUGAGUUUGGACACAAUGGACAUGGUUAUGGUUGGCAGCAUGAUACUCGAGAAGCCUUUGGUGGUCAGGACUAGCGGGCUCCGAGUCACAGAGUCUGCUCUCGUGCUUAUUAGAUAAAUUUGGUUUUAUAAAACGUAAGCGCUUUGUUGUUACUGACAUUAUCUAGCACCUAUUAGGUUGCAUUGAUAAUGAAUUUUGUAUUCUAAGACCCAAAAAAAUAUAUGUGCCGAAUUCGUUGUCAUCAAAUUUUAUUGUUGUUAAAUCUAUAAAAUUAAUUUUUAUUUUGUUUUCUA